AUGGCCCCUGGUGCUAUAUCGCCAGAGCGUGGCCCGACCGAGCCUGUCGGCAGCCUGACGACAACAUUCGACGACAGGCUUCGCUUCUAUCUCAAUGGCACAAAGGUCGUCCUGGACGAGAUAGAUCCCGAGCUCACACUGCUCGAGUACUUGCGGGGAAUUGGGUUGACCGGAACAAAGCUAGGAUGUGGCGAGGGCGGCUGUGGUGCAUGCACGGUGGUUGUCAGCCAGUACAAUCCAACGACGAGAAGCAUCUACCAUGCCAGCGUCAAUGCGUGCCUGGCACCCCUGGCUAGUGUAGACGGGAAACAUGUCAUCACGAUCGAGGGUAUCGGCAAUGUUAACAAACCGCACCCGGCGCAGGAGCGGGUGGCCCAAGGAAACGGGAGCCAGUGUGGUUUCUGCACACCGGGUAUCGUCAUGAGUCUGUAUGCGCUACUUCGCAACAACGAUAGCCCCACGGAGCUGGACAUCGAAGAGGCUUUUGACGGCAACCUGUGCCGCUGCACCGGCUACCGCUCGAUCCUCGACUCGGCACAGACCUUCAGCAUCAACGCCACGUCGGGCUGCAUCAAAGCUAAAGCCAACGGUGGUAGCGGCUGCUGCAUGGAUGGAAAAGAGAACGGGGGCGGCUGCUGCAAAGACAAAUCGGAGAGCAACGGCGACCAGCCCAUCAAGCGGUUUACGCCACCGGGAUUCAUCGAAUACAACCCCGAUACGGAGCUUAUUUUCCCGCCUGCCUUGAAGAAACACGAGUUCCGGCCCCUGUCUUUUGGCAAUAAGAGGAAGCGGUGGUUCCGUCCAGUGACCCUAGACCAGCUGCUCGAAAUCAAGAGCGUGUUCCCCCAGGCCAAGAUCAUCGGUGGCAGCUCGGAGACACAGAUCGAGAUCAAGUUCAAGGCCUUUGACUACCCGGUGUCGGUCUUUGUCGGCGAUAUUCCCGAGCUGCGAGAGUAUGCCUUCAGUGACACCCACCUCACCAUCGGUGGCAAUGUCGUCCUGACCGACCUCGAGCACCUUGCCGAGAAGUCCGCUCACGAAUACGGCCCAGCUCGUGGACAAGUGUUUGCUGCCAUCAACAAGCAGCUAAAGUAUUUUGCUGGCCGGCAGAUUCGCAACGUGGGCACACCUGCUGGUAAUCUUGUGACGGCAUCGCCCAUCUCCGACCUGAACCCUGUCUUUGUGGCAGCGGAGGCCGUCGUUGUCGCCAAGGCUAAGGAUGCCUCAGAUCCCACCGGCGUGGCGGUAAAGGAGAUUGAGAUCCCAAUGUCUGGUUUCUUCCAGGGAUAUCGCCGCACAGCUCUGCCGUCUGAGGCGGUUCUUGCUUCCAUUCGCAUUCCAAUCACUCCCGCCAAAGGCGAGUACUUCCGAGCUUACAAGCAGGCCAAGCGCAAAGAUGACGACAUUGCCAUUGUGACGACAGCCAUGCGCAUCCGCAUCGAUGACGAUGGUAUCGUCCAGCAGUGCAACCUUGUGUAUGGUGGUAUGGCGCCGACGACGGUGUCGGCCAAAACGGCCAACGCAUUCUUGAUUGGUCGUCGCUUUGCCGAUUUGGAGACGGUUGAGGGUGGUAUGAAUGCUCUUGAACAGGACUUCAAUCUUCCCUUCUCUGUCCCAGGCGGAAUGGCGUCUUACCGGAAGGCCCUAGCUCUCAGCUUGUUCUACCGAUUUUACAACGAGGUCAUGGCUGAUCGGCAUGGGCACGAAGCUGUUGAUGCGCCGAACGGCGUGGAUGGGGUGAAGGAGCCGAACGGUGCGAGCGGACACGACGCGGUUGAUGGCGUGGAUGGGGUUGAGAACAACGCACACUUUGACCGACAAGCUGUGGAAGAGAUCGAGAGAGAAAUCUCGACAGGUGUGACCGACAACGACGCGGCUGUUGACUAUGCGCAAGAAAUUGUGGGCAAAGCCAACCCGCAUCUUGCCGCGCUCAAGCAGACGACAGGAGAAGCACAAUAUACAGAUGACAUCCCUCCUCUGAGCAAUGAGCUACACGGCUGCCUCGUUCUGUCCAAGAAGGCACAUGCACGCAUCUUGAGCAUCGACUACGAAGCCGCGCGCGAUGUUCCAGGUGUGGUGGAGAUCAUUGACCGCCAUCACAUGCCCAGUGAGGCCGCAAACCGCUGGGGCGCACCCCACUUCGACGAGGUGUUCCUCGCGGAAGAUGAAGUCUUUACGGUCGGCCAGCCGAUUGCAAUGGUCUUGGCCACAACGGCAGCACGUGCCGCAGAGGGUGCGCGGCUCGUGAAAAUUGACUACGAAGAGCUGCCAGCCAUCUUUUCGAUGGAAGAAGCCAUUGAAAAAGAAAGCUUCUUCGACUUCCACCGUGAUCUGAAGCGGGGUGAGGAUGUAGACUCGGCUUUCGAACGCUGCGACCAUGUGUUUAAGGGAACCUCGCGCAUGGGAGGACAAGAACACUUUUACCUCGAGACAAAUGCGACUGUGGCAGUGCCCAAGCCGGAGGAUGGCGAGAUCGAGAUCUUUUCCACCACCCAGAACGCGAACGAGGCCCAAGAUUUUGCUGCACGAGUCUGCGGCGUGCAGGCCAACAAGGUGGUCGUGCGCGUCAAACGCCUUGGUGGUGGCUUCGGUGGCAAAGAGACGCGGUCGAUCCAACUCGCUUGCAUCGCGGCUCUGGCGGCAAAAACUACACGUCGUCCAGUGCGGUGCAUGCUGACCCGCGAAGAGGACAUGGUGACGUCCGGACAACGGCACCCUUUCAUUAGCAAGUGGAAGGUGGGCGUCAACCGCGACGGCAAGCUGCAAGCCCUGGACCUGCGUCUCUACAACAAUGCAGGCUGGUCGUGGGAUCUGUCUGCUGCCGUGUGCGAGCGGGCGAUCACACACAGCGACGGCUGUUACAACAUCCCCAGCGUGCGUAUCCGCGGGUGGUUGUGCAAGACGAACACGAUGUCCAACACGGCUUUCCGCGGAUUCGGUGGGCCCCAGGGUCUGUUCGUUGCCGAAUGCUACAUGUCCGAAGUCGCCGACCGGCUAGGCAUGCCGGUGGAAACGCUGCGGGCCAUCAACAUGUACAAGGUUGGCGAACUGACGCCGUUCAACCAGUCCAUCACCGACUGGCACGUCCCGCUGAUGUAUGAGCAACUGCAGAAGGACACAGACUAUGCGAACCGGCGCACAGCUGUGGAAAAAUUCAACAAGGAGAAUAAGUGGCACAAGCGCGGCCUUGCGAUCGUCCCAACAAAGUUUGGCAUUUCCUUUACGGCACUCUGGCUUAACCAAGCCGGCGCGUUGGUGCACAUCUACCACGAUGGGUCUGUUCUGUUGGCCCAUGGCGGCACGGAGAUGGGCCAAGGUCUGCACACGAAGAUGGUGAUGAUCGCGGCGCAGGCCUUGCGCGUGCCGCUGGACAGUGUCUUCAUUAGCGAAACGGCCACAAACACAGUCGCCAACGCGUCAGCCACAGCGGCAUCGGCCUCGUCCGAUCUCAAUGGGUACGCCGUGUACAAUGCAUGCGAGCAGAUUAACCAGCGCCUUGCGCCGUACCGUGAGAAGCUUGGUGAGGGGGCGACGAUGAAAGACUUGGCGCAUGCAGCCUACUUUGACCGCGUCAACCUGUCAGCCCAGGGCUUCUACAAGACACCCGAGAUUGGAUAUUCGUGGGACGAGAACAAGGGCAAGAUGUUCUACUACUUCACACAGGGCGUGACCGCCGCCGAGGUGGAACUGGAUACGUUGACGGGCACCUGGACGUGUCUCCGCGCCGAUAUCCUGAUGGAUGUCGGGCGCACCAUCAACCCGGCGAUUGAUUAUGGCCAGAUCCAGGGUGCGUUUGUGCAGGGCAUGGGCCUGUUCACGAUGGAGGAGAGUCUCUGGCUGCGCAACGGCCCCAUGGCGGGCCACUUGUUCACACGCGGGCCCGGCGCAUACAAGAUCCCCGGUUUCCGCGACGUGCCGCAAGUGUUCAACGUCCAGCUGCUCAAGGGCGUCGAGUGGAAGGAGCUGCGCACAAUCCAGCGCAGCCGUGGUGUGGGCGAGCCGCCGCUGUUCAUGGGCAGCGCGGUGUUCUUUGCGAUUCGAGAUGCGCUCAAGGCCGCCCGGGCCGAGUAUGGUGUGGUGGCGAAGACGGUGGACGAUGCGGGCAAGGACGACCUCGACAGCGACCAGGGUCUGCUCCGCCUGGAAAGCCCCGCGACGCCGGAGCGCAUCCGGCUGGCAUGCGUCGACCCCAUUAUGGAGCGGGCGCGGGUGACGGCCAAGCCCGGGGAGAAGAGCUUCUUCAUCUACAUCUAG